AUGCCUUCACUAAAUGCAAAGCCUGGCCUGCACCGCAGUGUGUCAGAGUGGACCAGCAACAAUCAGCAACUGUCUGCCACAGCUCAACAUGAACGACAUAUUUCGAAUGUCAUCAGACAGGAAGGGAGGACACUACGCAACGAGACUAACUUUAAGACACACUGGGAUGAGACUGAUACGUGUCGUAGGCUGAGUGACCGUGUUUGGGAUGUUGCUCGGUGGAAGGAAGUGUUGGAAACUUGUGCUCAGAAAGUGGAUGAAGAGAUGGAGACUCUGACACUGUCCAAAGAGCACACCGAGCAAGCUUUGGUUGCCACUGCUGUUCCUCUGGAGGUCACCACUGAAUGCCUGACACUGAGGGAGGGACGGCAAGGACACGAGCUGGUCACGGACCCCGUGGACGAACAGCUGAAGAAAGAGGUGGAGCUGAUUGAAAGAGUGCAGCAAGUUCUGCAGCAGCACACUAGCAGGGCCUUUGAGCAGCUAUGCAUUCUGCAGGAGGUGCGGCACCAGCUGACUGCUGAUCUCCAGAACAAGAUGGAUGCCCUGGAUAUUGACAUGUCCUGUCUGUCACUUACGAUAAAAUCGCCCCACAUCUCCCUAAAGACCAACCCGACUCGCAUACCAACAGGUUCCUCCACCCCCCAGGAGUGGGUCCAGUUCAGCCAGCAUAAUGUGGCUCGUGCCCAUGAGGCGAUGCAGGUUUCCCAGCAAAUAAGGGAGGAUAUGAACCUCACCCGAGCACAGCUGCAGAAUGAGUUGGAGACUCAACGCAGAGCCACAGAGUUUGCUCUCCGCAAACGUAAUCACCACGAAGAGCAGGCCCGACAUGAGCUGGAGUGGCAAAUAAAAACUACUGAGGAGGAAAUGGCAGAAAUGGAAAGUGACAUCCACGGGCUGGAUGCAGAUCUGCAGGCAAAGACAGCCAACCUGAAGCUUGCUCACACCAGACUGGAGACCAGGACCAACAGGCCUAACAUGGACCUGUGCAGAGACGAGGUGCAGCACGGCCUCGUUAAUGAAGUCCAGCAACUGGAGGCCACGAUCGCAGCUCUGAAGCAGAAGCUCUCUGAAGCUCAGCACUCUCUGCAGAAAAUGAAGCUGCAUCACUCCCGCAUGCUGCAGGAUCUUUCCAGAAAACAGGAAGCUCUAUCUCUGGAACAACGAAGCAUGAACACCCGCGCUCGCCUCACAUCAACUUCCAGCACCGACAAUAAAAACUCGGCGCUCGUGGUCCAGCUGGCAAACUCCAGUGGGAGGAGCAACCUGCAGCUGCUGGCUCAGUGA